CUACUACUGGCUGUUAGUAUUGGUUGGAUACUCUGUUACAUUUUUACUGUUACCAAUUAUUAUCCAUCGGACCCGAAUUCAAGGAGCUUCAAUGCUCGAACAGACACCAAAAUAGAUUUGAUACACAGAGCACCCUGGUUUUCCUUUCCUUACCCAGGUCAGUAUGGACCACCUAAAUUUCAAAUAGCUAUUUUUCUCGGAUUUUUCCUGUCGACAAUAAAUUCAAUUAUUGAAUCUAUGGGUGAUUACUACGCUGCCUCAAUACUAUGCUCCGUACCCCCACCUCCGAGACAUGCAAUUAACCGUGGGCUGUUUUCUGAAGGUCUAGCGGGUGUACUAGCUGGACUUAUGGGUGCUUCACACGCAACAAGUUCGUACAGCACACACAUUGCCCUUAUUGGUAUAACAAAGGUUGCAAGUCGUAUUGUAUUGAACAUAGCAGGUGUUUUGCUUAUCAUCAUGGCGAUAUUGGGUAAAGUGGCUGCUUCUUUAGCUACAAUUCCAGAUCCUGUAGUGGGAGCCAUCAAUUUCACUGGGCUUACUAUGAUGUUAUCAGUAGGUCUCACCAAUCUGCAAAAGACAGCUUUAAACGCACGCAAUACAUUGAUUAUUGGAACUUCAUUGGGUCUGAGUUGGGUUUCUUCAUCAUGGCUUUACACAUAUCCAAAUGACAUCAAUACAGGUAAUUUUGAGCUAGAUCAAGUAUUAAAAAUUGUUCUGGGAACUCAAACCUUUGUUGGAACAUUAUCGGCUAUCUUCUUAGACAACACGAUACCAGGUACACUGACUGAACGUGGGAUGCAACAUUUACUACCUGAGACAGAUACCACUGAAUCUCCAAACUACCAUACUGGUGAAAUUGUUUACGAAUUCCCAAGCAUCCAAAACUUUUUAAACAAACAUCAAUCCGUUUUUGGGAAAUUAGCCAUACUACCACCCAAGAAGGUUAUUGAAGUAGAUGAGGAAACCGAGAAACUUAAAGAUGAAAUUGACCAGACUGAUUCAGUAUAAUGUUACAAUUUGUAUGUAUUGUGAAUAUGUAAUAAUACCCUACCUUAAACAAGCCUGUUUACAACUACCUAAUUAAAACAGGUUCAAUCACUUUACUUCGAUACAGAGGAUGAAAAGAUUACAAUUGUUCUUUUGUCAAUAUCUACAGACAUUUAGUAACACAUAUGGAAAUGAAGUUCACGACAUGAUUCCAAAACCAGUAAUGCUCUGAGUGAAAUUAAAAUCUUGGGAAUUUAAGCCUUAAACUAGUAAAUUCAUUAGCUACCAUUGUCAUUUACUCUCGAAUGAUAAUACAAACAAAGGUAGCUACAUCCAUACAUGCAAUGUUUCUAUUUACAUAAUUUGUAUACAUAUUCGUUUUCAUAUACGCUGAUGUAUGGAGACACGUGGCUUAGCAAUUGUGGUAUUGCACGAAUGAUUUUAAGGGUGUGGUUGCGAUACCUCGAAUGAGCAAAGCGUUAUUUGUUUUGA